AUGAGUAACAGGAAGAAGAGCGUGGUAUGGAACCACUUGGACCCCACCACUACACCAGGGUAUGCCAAAUGUAAGCUGUGCAAGAAUCUGAGUUCUAAUCAAGGUGGGAGCACAUCUAAUAUGAUGAGGCAUUUGAGGUCUCAACACCCAACAGUACUGCUCACCAACACCCAGGCAGAGGCAGAAGGAGACACAGACCCAGCAGAAGACCCAGCUGCAGCUGGCACAUCUACUGCUGGCACAACGGGUGGAGCUGCUACUGCUGCUGCUGCUGGUGGUACAUCCUCAACAUCUGCAACUGCAACACCAGCAACUGUUAGGAAGCGCCAAAGGCAGACCACCAUGGGGACCUUCAUAAAAAAACCAAUGGCACCUCACCAAAGACAGAAGGUGGAUAAUGCACUCAUCUCCAUGAUUGCCAAAGACUUUCAGCCCUUUUCGGUUGUGGAUGAUGAGGGGUUUAAGGAGUUUACAGCUGCCCUGGACCCAUCAUACACCCUGCCAAGCAGGCACACUUUAUCCAGGAAAAUGCUGCCUGCUCUAUAUGAUAAGGUGAGGGCAGAGUUGAUGACGGACAUCCAAAAGGCAUCCGCUGUGUGUCUGACAACAGAUUGCUGUACAUCGCGGACCACAACCAGCUAUAUGUCUGUGACCUGCCAUUACAUCGCAGAUGAUUUCAGCUUGAAGAGCAACCUGCUGGACUGCUUCACCUUUGCAGAGCGGCACACGGCCGAGCAGUUGGCCUUCAAGCUAAAUCAAGUGACAGAGGAAUGGAAGAUUAAGGAGAAAGUUGUGGCGUGCGUGACAGACAACGCAACAAACAUAAAAAAGGCAGUCAAGGAGGUGCUGAAGUGGAACCAUGUGAGCUGUUUUGCUCACUCCCUAAACCUUGUAGUGAGGCAUGCCCUGGACCACAGUGCGGACAUUAUGUCCAUUGUCAAAAAAGUGAAGGCCAUGUCAGAAUAUAUCAGGCGGAGCACAGUGGCCAGUGAUAAGCUCCGCCACAUGCAACAAAGCAUGGGCCAACCACAAUUGAGGCCGAAAAUGGAUGUGGUGACGAGGUGGAAUUCCACCUUCUACAUGCUGCAGCGCAUCCGCCAAAUUAAAGAGCCCCUCAUUUCCACGCUGGCAAUUUUGAAUCCCCAAGAGCCAACAUUGUCUCAUGGUGAGUGGAAGGCCUUGGAUGAGGCGUGUGCAAUUCUGGCACCCUUUGAAGAGGUCACACGGGAGAUGAGCUCAGAGAGCUUUGUGACAGCCUCAAAGCCCAUCCUGAUUGUGAGAGGCCUGCAACGAUUCCUCACCCACCACCAGAGGAACCCCCCUCGAACUGCAGCAGCGGGUACACUGGUGAAAGCUCUCGUAGUUGAGAUUGGUGACAGAUUCAAAACACUGGAGAGGAACAGUGUGCUGGCCGAUACCACAUUCUUGGAUCCCCGAUUUAAGAGGCAUGGCUUUGUUAACGAUCAGGUUGCCACCCAAACCAUGGCGAGAAUAGAGAGGGCAACACAAGACGUGACCACUCCUUCCCCACCCUCACCAGCACAGGAGGAGGAGAGUGAGGAGGCAGCCACCGAAACACAAAAAGAGCCGGUACCAGUGUUUUGGGCAGACUUUGAGGAAAGGGUGACAAGCCUCAGGCCUGACGUUCAAAACCCCAGAGCUGCAGCCUUACUUGAGGUGAAAGGCUAUAUAUCAGAGCCACUAUUGCCACGUCCCUCUGACCCUCUGCAGUGGUGGCAAGCCAGAGCCUUGGUCUACAAAAACCUGUGCACUGUAAUGAAGACCAGGCUCUGUAUUGUGGCUACAACGGUGCCCUCAGAGAGGAUCUUUUCAAAGACCGGACUUAUAGUCUCUGACCGCAGGAGCCACCUCACCACAGACAAAGUGUCUCAGCUGGCGUUUUUGAACGUAAACCUGAAGAGGAAACACAAAUAG